AUGAAUAUCCAAAUCCAACGUUUGUGGCGAUGCCGUUCACGCACACCGCUAUUUAACGCUAUCAAACGCUCUGUAGUGACGGAAGCUUCUGGUGCUGAUAUUGCUGAGCCCUCAAACUCGGGCAAUAAUGCACCGUCGCCUCUACCAACAGCAAAUGGGUCAGGCCCGGAUUCCCAACCACGGUUCAAAAAUAACUGGAAAAAAACACGUUCCCCAUAUACUACACGAAUUCUGAAGCCAGGAACUGAAAAUAAUGCGCCGCAUCCGGAAUCCGAGGCGCCCAUAGGUGAUGAGGCCCUUGGAUCGUGGCCUCCAAAUAUAGAUCCUUUUCUAUCGGGCAUCUAUAAAGUUAAUGGUACCAUUCCUCGCCACAUGCCACGUAACAACGAAAAAGAUAGCAUGGGUGUCUGGGAUAACCAUCAGAUUCCGUUGAAGCUGCGGACUGUGGACGGCCACUACUCGACGAUAUUUCUUCCUCAUAUGUGGCUGAGGGACAAUUGCCGUUGUAAUAAGUGUGUGAAUCAAGAUACCAUGCAAAGGGCAUUUGAUACUUUUGCGAUUCCUGAAAAGGUCCGACCAAACAAAGUAGUCACAGAGGCAAGAGGCUUACGUGUAGAAUGGAGCCAUGAUAAGCAUAGCAGCCUUUACCCCUGGGAUUGGAUCUUAAAAUACAUCCCCAAAUCAGCGACUGUUUGUGACGAGAAUGAGAAGCCAAUCUCGAUGAGUGAAGAUCCCCGUAUCUAUUGGGGAGCAGAAAUCAAAUCAAAUCCCCCAUCCGUACACUAUGACGAAAUUAUGGCUGGUGAUGCCGGUGUUGGCACCUGGACGGACAAAAUUCGCCGAUAUGGAUUCUGCUACGUAGAUGGCUGUCCUGUCUCGCCAGAGAAGACGCAGCAGCUACUCGAGCGGAUCGCCUUUAUCCGGGUAACGCAUUAUGGUGGUUUCUAUGACUUUACAGCAGAUCUCACCAUGAAAGAUACUGCUUAUACAACGCUCGCCCUCCCAGCACAUACUGACACAACAUAUUUCACUGAUCCGGCUGGUCUCCAAAUGUUCCAUCUCCUCUCCCACGAAGAAGGAUCAGGUGGCGAGUCUCUCCUCGUCGAUGGCUUCCAUGCAGCUCGGACCUUAGAAAAAGAAGAUCCGGAUUCCUAUAAAGUGCUAUCUAGAAGGCCCAUCACCUGGCACGCUAGUGGCAAUGAAGGCAUUACCAUAACACCGGCGAUGAAAUUUCCCGUCUUCAAUAUAGAGGCACCUAGUCGAUGGGAUGAUAGUAAAAAAUCACAUUUGAUUCAAGUGAGGUGGAAUAACGACGAUAGAGGCCCGAUUCAUCCGAUCCUCUCCCCUAAGUGGUACGCAGCAGCCAGAAAAUGGAACGAUAUCCUGAAUAGGAAGGACAUAGAGUAUUGGGCUCAGUUGGAGCCAGGGCGCCCUCUGAUUUUCGAUAAUUGGCGGGUUCUCCAUGGUCGGUCUGCCUUCACAGGGAAGCGAAGAAUUUGCGGUGGAUACGUAAAUCACGAUGAUUACAUCUCCCGAUGGCGAAACACGAAUUUCAGUCGCGAGGAAGCUCUGAGCCAAAUCCUAUAA